UGUUUUGUUUUUUCGUUUGUGGUUAAGUUUGAUGAACGAAAAGUAUUUUUUGAAAUUGCAUCAUUUGAAUUUAAAACUAGGAACUAGGUGUUUAUUACAAUUAUGAAUUCUGAGGAGGAUAUUCUUUCAUUUAUGGAUUUAUUAGAUUUAGACGAGGAAAUGGUGGACACAAGACUCAAAUCAAUUAUGGUGAGAGAUACAUUUACAAAUAAACAUUUGAAGAAUGCGAUACAGCUGCUCAAAUAUAAGCAGUUGAUAAAUUGUCAAGAAAACACAGAAUGUGACAACGAUAAUGAAUGUAGUUUCCUUGUAAAACUGAUAAACCAAGUGAAUUAUGAAAAUGUUGUUAAUGUUUGUAAAAUAACAACUUUAACAUUGAGCCUUAACUGUACCACUCUUGUUAAUAAAUCAGAACAUUUAGUGCAGCAAAUUUUGUCAGAUAUAUAUGUAUCAUCAGAAGGAAAAUCGAAUGAUAAAUCUACAUUAUUAACUUUACAAUUAUGUGACACAAUUCUUGAAGCUGUGAUUAAAAUAGGUGAAAAACUGACAUUGCCAUUUCUAGAAAUACCUGUUUCAAGAAUUUUGGACUUUCCAGAUGAGAAAUUAAGAGUUCACUUUCUGACAAGCUCAGUGCCAAAGUUAUUUGAAGGGGUUCAAGGUUACAGCAUUCUUGAUGUUAUUUGGAAUUAUGUUAUUGUUAGUGAUGGUCAAGAUGCUCUUAAAAUCUUAAGCUGCCUUUCAGAAUAUUAUAUACCAGUACCAGAUAGAGAGGGAAAAGUUUUAUAUCAGUCUGAGGUGGUGUAUCAAGCAGCAUUCUGGAAUAUAAUCUUAAAUGGUCUCUGUUCCAACAAUCCUAUGAAAAGAAAAUUCGCAGUCUAUUUAGGAAAACGGGCAAUAGACUGUUUGGCUGCUGGAAAAAGGGACAUCAAGCUAUCAGUAGAAAAUAAAAUAUUUUCAUGGAAUUGUAAAAAGGCGGCACUAUUGAAAAGCGAUUGGUACAAUUUUUUUAUAUUGAUUGAUAGCUUGGAAGAGAAACAGAGCAAUAUUGUACUGCCAUCUUUACAUUUAUUUGAGAAGUUAAACAACCUUGAAAAAUGUUGGUUAAACUGCCCUUUUUACUUGGGGUUAAGUCAUGACAACACUCAAGUUAGACUUAAAAGCAUAUUCUAUAAAUUGGACACCUCAUUAAAAUCUUUGAAUGAAGCUGUUUUGUUACUAUCCGCUGUUAAUGAUAAUAAUAUUUUUGAUGAUGUGAUAGGAUAUGAUAUAUUGAAAACAAAAAUGAGAAGUUUCUUCUCACAGGAAGAAGAAUUAGCUUAUGUCUUAAAGUCUUUAGCUUUGGUAAAAUGGUCACCUGUGCCUUUAUACCAUGUUAGUGAAGUUUUAUCUGAAUUAAAAUUAAAAGGAUUCCAACUUGACAAUGCUGUGCAAAUUAUUAAUGAGAUCCUAAAAAUUCCAUGCAAUAAUAUUGUGAUAAGAAAAGCUGUUCAUACAAAUUUAUUUUGUUUUAUAGAGAAAUGCUUCAAUUUACACUGGAGAGAUUUACUGAACAUAUUACCACACUUUCAAAUAAACUUACUAAAUAAUAAACUCAUCUUAAUGGUCAAAGAAAAUAUGAACUCUGAAAAAGAAAGAAUUGAAUUUCUGAAAUUAAUAUCAGAAAAAAUACAUAAUGAAAAUGUUGAUCUGGCAUUAUUGUACCUUGAAAACAAACCAGAGGAUAUGUCAAUAUUUAUUGACAUCAUUAACGAGAAAGUAAAAAUAGUACAAGAUAUUGUAAAUAGGCAGUAUUCUAAUAAGAAAGAAUGCUUCAAUGAUGCUGUUUUUAUAGCUUUAUUAUGUUUAAAAACUAAAAACAUGGACACUUCUAUAAAAGAAACACUUUAUGGAAUUCUAUCGCAAAAUAAGAAGCUAAUUCUACAUUAUUUUAUGGCUCUUACAACAAGUGAAGUUACUGUUGACAUAGAAGAAAUAGUUGUUGUUUCAGAAAUCAUUAAAUCCUUUGAUUGUAAGGAUUUGGGAGAUGUUAUUCUGCAGUUUUAUAAAAUAUCUAAAGUACUUUUUAUUGAUUCUAGAUCAGAUUUAGAUAAAACUGUACUUGGGUUAUUUUAUAUCAGUAGUUUAAACGAAAAUACUGUUCUUACAACACUUUACAAUAAUGAAAUGGUUCAUAUGGAACAAUUACUAGAAAUCAAAAGUCUUGACAACAAACAAAACAGUAGACUUCUUAAUGCAUUUUAUGAAAAGUUGUGUGAAUUUAUAUUUCAUGUUAUGAAGGAAGACAAUAAAUAUGACAGCAUUAAAAUAUUAGAAUUUGUUGAUAAAGUUACUGAGUGUGGUGGCUAUGGUUGUUUAUAUUGGAUUUUGAAAAUAAUGAAUGAAUUAUUACCAAUUUUAUUGAGUUAUAAGGAUAGUAGAUUUGAUGUAGCACAAUUUGUACAUAGAAUGUGGAGGGAAAUAGAAGAAUUGAAGUCUAAUCAUCAAUACAGCCCGUGUAUUGAAGAAUUUAUUAAUUUAAUCACACAAGAAUGUGUUAUAGAUGAUCCAAUGUAUAACAAUAUAGUUACUCUAUACUGCACUGAAGUUAUUGAAAAUGCUGCCGCCAGGAACGCACCUUUAUAUUAUCUAGUUAGGAAACUGAAUUGUAUAGAGAUAAAUGAAAACCGCGGACAUUUGGUCUACAUUUUGUGUGAGAUUUUAAUGUACUCUCCAGUACCAAGAAAAGAUCAGAGAAUCACGGACAAUUUGAUGAUUGAGAUCUUACACGAUCCAAAAUAUCAAGUGACUAGCAAAGACACUGCUACACAUUUCAACUUCCAAAUCCAGUAUUCUGCCAUAUCUGUACUUAGCAAAAUAAAACAUGAAGAUAUAUACCGGACUAUAACAUCAUUUUUUUUAAACAAAAUUGACAUACUGAUGAUGAACAAACAAAGAUAUCACGGCAACUCUCAAUGUCAUAGGAGUUUAUUGUUGUGUCUUCAGCAUCUUUUGUUUUUAUUCUCAUUAACAAAUCUAGAGUGUGGAAUAGAAAAUUGGUGUGAAGAUUUAUUGGGGAAGUUACCACAUCAGCAGUCAGUUAGGGUUUGUUUGGAAUGGUUGAUAGCUUUGUUUUAUUAUAAGAAGGGUGUAGAAAUAAACCAAGAAUUCAUAGACCAUUUAGACGCCAAAAAAAUUCCUUUGACGUCACAAUUCAUAAUUAUAUACAACAUCAUGAAGCGGAAAUGUAAUAACUGCUCGGAGCGAGAAUACAAUUUUGUUUUACAUCACUUGCUUGGAAAUACAAUGGGACCAAUGUAUAAUGUGAGGUUAUACGCGCAAUGUAUAUCUAAACAACUUUAUAAGCUCAGAGAAAGUUCAGAACAUAAAUAUAUGAUUAAAAUUGUUGAACAAAAUUGUGCUAAAGACAAAAAUUGUGCGAGAUUAGAAGAAGAUUUCUUUUUAUCUCGUUUCGAUAUAUUGUCAGAGUUGAAACCAAGUUUUAUUUAUCAUUUCGUGCCGAAUUACACUGAAGCAAAUAAUGAUAAGAUUUAUAUGGAAUUGAUAAACGAAGAAUUAAAAAUAAUGAAUAGAAAUAAUGAGGGCCAGUUAAAUGAUGAAGAAAUAUUCAAAUUUAAGUACCCUAAAGGUAAGGCAAAAUCUGUAGAAAGUUUUGACGGAACGGGUUCCAUUCAAAAGAAAUACGUGCCAUGGGGAAGCAUGAGCGAUAUUGAAGUUUAUGGGAUUUCUAAAAAGAAGGAAAAUCCAAGCGAGUUAAUAGUGAUAGCGUCGCUCAUAGACAAGUUGCCAAAUCUCGGCGGCAUGGCGCGGACCAGCGAAGUGUUUGGAGUUCGCACUUACGUGAUCGACAGUUUGAGGCAUUUGCAAGAUAGCCAGUUCCAAGCGCUGAGCGUAUCAGCAGAACGCUGGGUGAACAUAGAGGAAGUUCGCCCCGGGCCCCCCCUUAAGGCGUAUAUACAGAGCAAAAAGCUGGAGGGGUACUCCAUAGUGGCGGCGGAGCAGACUUCUACGAGCUGUCAACUGGACAAGUUCAAGUUUGACAGGAAAACGGUGCUUUUACUUGGACACGAAAAAGAGGGUGUCCCGUGCGACUUGCUGCCGCUGAUGGAGCGCUGCGUGGAGGUACCGCAGCGGGGCGUGGUGAGGUCGCUCAAUGUGCACGUGACCGCCGCCAUCUUUGUUUGGGAGUACACUAGGCAGCUAUUAUUGUAAUAACAAUGAUUCAAAAUACGUAGGUUUAAAAUGUGACUUUUAUUUAUUUAUUUAUUUAUUUACUAAUUUAUGUACACAGAAAACAUCGAGACUGAUAAACACAAGAAACAAAAUUACAAAGGUUCUGCUUAUUUCAAAAGAAAUCUCUUCCAGCAGACCCGAGAUAGGAGACAUGAUGGAAAGGGUGACAGGCGUGUACUCCACUUUUAUUUAUAGAGGUUAAAGUUAAACAUCUGAGACAUAAAAAAAGCUCUCACGGGUCUACUGGAAGGGAUUUCUUUUGAAAUAAGUAGCACCUUUGUACUAGAAUUGCUGUGAUAAAUGCUCCUGUAUAUAAUUUUGUGUAUAUAAAUAAAUAAAUAAAAUAAACCUUGUAUUUAUAAUUCAGUAGAACAUACAUACAUGUAAUGACGUCUAUAUCCUUUGCGUGGUAGACAGAGCCAGCAGUAUUGAAGACUGUUGGGCCACGUUUAGUUCAGCGUAAUGAUAGAAUUGAGAUUCAAAUUGUUGGUAGUCCAUCGCCAAAAAGAAGAAUCUCAAGUUCAUAAGCCUAUCCCUUAGUCGUCUUACACGACAUCCAUGAGAAAGAAAUGAAGUAGGCAGGCAACCACGCGACAAUUAAUUAAUGGAAUAACACUGCAAUUUAGUAAAGUUUAUACAAUAUACGUUUUGAAUGCAAAAAUCAAUAAUAUUCUAAGUAAUUUCUUAAUGUUUUCUGGUAUUUAAAGGAACAUGUAAAUAGAUAUUAAUGUAACCAUUUUUACAAGAAAUAUAUCGUUUAUAUUUUUUCUUA